GAUUGGCUGUGUGCGUGGGCCCAAUAUAAGCCAUGUGCUGUCGCGAACUGCCGUCUUUCAUGCAGUUCUUUGCAGUUCUUUGCAGCUCUCUUGCAGUUUCGACUCUCGCUGGCAAUGGCUGCCCCUGUCGUCCUCCUCGUCGUGGGAGCCCUCUCCCUGCUGUAUCUCAGCACCAGGAAGGGAAAAUCCACAAAGACUCUCCUUAAACUGCCUCUGAUCGGCGACCUGCACAGCUCUCCCAUCGAGAAGCCCCUCGUCAACUGGGACGACUGGGCGAAGCAGAAUGGCCCAAUUGCCGUCCCCAAGCUCUUCGGGCUCAUCCCCAUCGUCGUGCUCAACUCCUACGAGGCCGUCACCGAGCUGUUCAGCCGUCGCAGCCAGUGGUACAGCAACCGCCCGGCAUCCGUGAGCAUGGAGAUGAUCACCGGCGCAGAACCAGGUCGCUCGCGCUUUACCCUCAUGCACGACUACGACGACCACCUCAAGCUGCACCACCGCAUCCUCUCGCCCAGUCUCGGCGCCCCAGCCGCACCCAAAUACCAGCCAUUAAUGGAACUCGAGGCCAAGCAGCUCCUGUUCGACAUCCUCACCUCCCUCUCCAAAUCCCCCGACAGCACCCUCUCCACCGAAGAGGUCUACCCUUUACUCGAACGCACCCAGUCCAGCGUCAUCCUCGCCCUGCACUAUGGCCUACGCAUCCCGCGCUUCGAAGAACCAAUCCUCCACGAGGUCAUCGACAUCCAAACAAAAGUCACCCACCUCGCCGCAAACCCGCAGCUGCCCGAUAUAAUCCCACUCCUGCGCCACCUCCCCACAGCCCUCUCCCCCUGGCAGCGCAGCGCAAACACCCUCUUCGCCGAACAGGUAGACCUCUACAUGCGCCUCUUCACGCACGGCCGCGACGGACCAGGCUGGAACGCUACGAAACAGGCCCUGGCAACAGCGAAGAAACACGCACCGUCUGACAAUCCCGUCUCGGACCUCGAUCUGGCGUUUACACUCGCGACCUCGAUCCAGGGCGGGAUGGAGACGUCCCCGCGUCAGCUGCUGUGGCUGUUCAUAGCCGCUAUGAGCAACAGUUCUUUCAUGGCGAAAGCACACGAGACGCUUGAUCGCGUUGUCGGAAGAGAUCGAUUGCCGACCUUUGCGGACAGGCAGAAUCUGGCGUUCAUUGAUGCGGUCACGCAUGAACUCUUCCGGUGGAGACCGAUCUCGCCUGGUUCGAUCCCGCGACGUGCAGACAAUGAUGAUUCAUUCAGCGGGACGAAGAUAAGCAAGGGGUGGACGGUGAUUGCGAAUGCGUGGGCGAUUGGACGGGACGAGGCGGUUUUUGACCCUUCUCUUGGCGAUGCGCAGGAGUUUAUCCCUGAGCGGUGGUUGCGUCAGGAUCCGUCUGGUAAUGGGAUGAAGGUUCGUUCGGAUCUGCCGCUGCCCGUGUUUGGGCAGGGGAGGAGGAUAUGUCAGGGGAAGAGGGUUGCGACGGAUGGGACGUUUAUGCAGGUUGCGUCGCUGCUGUGGGCGUUUGAGGUUGAGGCGCUGGAUGGUGAUGUUGUGGACCCGUGGGAGAUGGUUGUUGUUGGGUUCAUGACUAUGCCCAAGGAGAGGAGGUUUAGGUUGAAGCCCAGAGGAGACUGGGUUGUUGAUGUGAUAAAGAGGGAGUGGGAGGGGGCCGAGAAGGCGAUUGGCGAGGUGAUGGUUGCGGGGGAUGUCGAGUAGAAGUAUUAAUGGUAUACAGUAUGUACAUAGGGUGUUUAAUAUAUGGAUGGUAAUUGCUAGGGCUGAGGCAUGAGCUUUUACCUAUUUAAUGAGAACUCUUCAACAACAACCA